AUGCGGCAGUUCCUGGGGAGGGUGGAGCACGUCUUGCAGUUCCCGGGGCAGGUGGAUCACAUCCUGCAGUUCCCGGGGCAGGUGGAGCACAUCCUGCAGUUCCUGGGCCAGGUGGAGCAUGUCUUGCAGUUCCUGGGGCAAGUGGAGCACAUCCUAAAGUACCUGGGCCAGGUGGAGCACAUCCUGCAGUUCCUGGGGCAGAUGGAACAGGUCCUGCAGUUCCUGGGCCAGGUGGAGUACAUCCUAAAGUACCUGGGCCAGGUGAAGCACAUCCUACAGCUCCUGGUCCAGAUGGAGCACGUCCUGCAGUUCCUGGGCCAGGUGGAGCACAUUUUGUGCCUCGGCUUCAAAAAGGACAACCCCACAGGCACCCACAGCCGGUUGAUGUUUGUGUUAGGCAUGCAGGUGUACUACAAGAGAGAUGAAUUUCCUCUGCUCACAACCAAAUGUGAUUUUUUAAAUUACACAGGUCAAGUAGACCAGCUGCAAAAAGUGAUCAACACCAUCCAAACCAACCCCAAUGACAGACAGAACAUCACGUGUGCCUGGAACCCAAAAGAUCUUUCUCUGAAGACGCUGCCUCCCUACUGUGCCUUCCACCAGUUCCGUGUAGUGGACGGGAGUGGUACCUGCCAGCGGUACCAAAGGUCAGGAGACAUGGGCCCGGGAAUGCCCUUCUACACUGCCAUCUAUGCCCUGCUCACCUAGAUUGCACAUAUCCCAGGCCUACAGCCAGGGGACUUCAUACACACUUCGGGAGCUACACAUACUUACCUGAAUCACAUUGAGCCACUGAAAAUUCAGCCACGGCGAGAACCAAGACCUUUCCCAAAGCUGAAAAUCCCUCAGAAGGCUAAGACAAUGGAUGACUUCAAAGUGGAAGAUGUUCAGAUUGAAGGGUACUUACAUGGAAAUGGCUUUUUAGGGUGA